CAUCCAUCGAUGCCACAGUGAUCUGCGUGCCGAUAGUUCUACUCGUAACAUCUCACCUCUCUCUUCACCUCGAGCAUCCCAGGUCUCUGCCAGGUCUUGGAUAUCGACAUAUCUGCGCAACAAUUAGGAGCGUUCGCUAGCAUCAUUCACAUCGAGUCGCACCUCUGUCAUCCACCAUGGCUCCUCAAGUCAAUGGCGAGGUUCCUCCAUCGUCGGCAACGCUGUCGCACCUCACUGGCUACCCAGUGGUCAACGAUGGCAUCACCUACUUCAAGAAGAAUCCCUAUGGCCAGAAGUCUAUCGAUUUAAGCGACUCCGCUUACCAGACAUUUGUUAAACCUAUCUUCCCCUACCUUGAUCGGCCAUACCGGUACGUCGAGCCCUAUGUCAAGAGGGCCGAUGCCUUUGGCGACGAUACGCUGUCUAGGAUCGAUGAGCGUAUCCCCGCUUUGAAGAAGUCCACAGAUGAGCUUGUCUCUGACGGCAAGUCGAUUGUUUUCUUCCCUGUCCGCAAAGGAUUGGAGACCAAGGACCAUAUCACUGAUGUCUACAACUCCGAGUACAAGAAAGUGGGGGGUGAGGGAAUUAUCACAUCCGGGAAGGCUCUGAUUUCAACAAGUCUUUUUGUGACAUCGGAGGCUCUUACUUGGGUCGGCGACUAUUUGCGCGCUGGCAAAGUGCGCGCGAAGGAAGCCAGCCACGAUGUGACUCGCCAAGCCAAUAGCAACCACAAGUGAGAAGGAUGAGAGAGCCAAAGCAGAAUCUUCUGCUACCUAGAUGGCUUCGAAGCCUUUGAAGCAAUCAUUUCGCCUAUAAUGGGUUGGCCGCGAAUUCAGUAUCCUGUCAAAAUCUCCUUUCGUUUGCGCCAUUAGCAGAUGGGUAAAGGCCACCCCGUGGUGCCUUCAUUGACUGAGAAGGGCGAAGAAUUGGUUUACAAUCUUGAUAUUUUGGCAUUAUCCUAGAGUGGACAUUUGGGUUUGGCGUUGGGUUUUAUUUUGAGCACAUGUUCUUGAAUGUUGACUCUAGGGUAACUGAGUUUGAGAGCGGGCAUGUAAUGUACAUUUUACGAAAAGAUAGUUGGCAGACGGAGGGCUGGUAGCUACUCGUAGCUGUUUCUUGUAUUGAGAAAGUUGUGAAUUCACACCUUGUUACCCAUUA